AAUCCUAGUUUUGUUAGGAUUACAAACUCUUAACCUAAUGCCAAUGACCCAUUGAAAAAUAUCGUUUCACUUGUAAUUUGAGAGAGCACAAGUAAGCGCACAUAGCACAAAAUAAGCGUGGCACCACGUGUACAGCCUUAUCCAUUCCACUCACCGUCCUUAUUAUCCACUUUUUCACUCUUCCCCAUCGACAUCUCCAUCUCCAUCUCCGCCUUCGUUUUGUCCUCAUCAAUGGCGACGCCUCUCCCAACUUGUUUCCAUCCCAUAACCACGGUCUCAUCCGCUAACCGGGUUACCCGGAUCAAGCCACCGGCGGCAUCCGCCUCCGGCAAGUGGUGGACCCCGCUCUUCGGUAUGCCAUCAGAUCCAGACUACAUUCACAAUCCGGAAACUGCUACCGGCGGAUCGGUAACUGGAACCUCCGAUCCGGACAACGGUAGAUCACGAUUUGCUCCUGGAUGCUUCACUGAGGAAAAAGCAAAACAACUGCGGAUGAAGACCAGUGAAAUAGCUAAUUUCCAUGACAUCAUGUACCACUCCGCCAUCGCGUCUCGCCUUGCGUCGGAUGUCUCCGGCCGUCAAGACGGCUGACGUCGCCGCGCGCUUGUUGAGGCGAUGGUGUCGCCGGAAGAUCAGUACACGGUUAGUGCUUGCUGCAUCUAGCAAUUUGUCGACUUCAAUAAUCAAUUAGUAUUUAGUAAUAGCACGAUAGAUCUUUAACAUCUUUAGCAUCUACAAUACUCUGAUCAAAUCAGUUGAUUUCAUCUCGUUGCUGUGUAAUUUUGCACAAUUCCGAUUCAGUUUAUCAAUGAUUUGUAAUUUAGUACCA